AUGAGCUAUGAUGGGGGAAGGUCAGUUCGUGGAUAUCAUUCCGACUCUGCAGAGGAAGAUGGGUGUAUUCCUGAGGCGAACUCUGACGAAUCUGAAGAAGAUGCAGAUGAGGAAUUUAUUGACGAUGACGAUACUGACGAUGAAGACUGGGAUGCUCGCAUUGGGUCCUCCAAACGUAUAAGAGACGACCACAGACAUAAACCACCACCUCGUUCACUUCCACGCAAACCCUCAAGUUCGGGUCUCAAUUGGCGACUUCGUAAAAAUGGUUCUACCAGUAAUAAAGCUCAACGCAGACCCCCUCCCAAAGUCGCUUCUCAACCGUCACUGAGCAAUUUCUCGGAACAGGAUGGACGGCGAAGAGUACGAAUCAAUGUGCCAGAAUCCAGGAAGGAGCCUGAAUCGCCGCGUCAGUGUCUCGGGCCUGGAUGCACACGCCCUGCUGCGGAUUCAACUACCAAGUACUGCUCAAAGCAAUGUGGCCUAACAUUAGCGCUAAAGCGCUUGGAACGUUACCUCCCCGAAGCCCGAGCCUCUUGGUACAGCGAUCCUUCAGGCAUUGUACUUGAAUCUGAGGCUGACUGGACAGACCGCGAGCGACUGAAAGAGGUUCGUGCAGAGCGCAACGCCAUUAUCAAACGACUUAUUGAAUUGGAGAAUCAACUUGGCGACUUGAAUAAUCUUAUUAUGCGAGCCCACAACUCCAAGUCCCUCCUCACCUCCUCAGAAAUUGCAGCCUCUGCGUCUGCUGACAAAGCCGAUGGCGAAUCAGCUGAACCGGUUGUUUGUGUCACCUGCUCUUCAGAAGUCAAUAUGCGUCAGGCUCUUCGACACAUGGAUAAGUGUUUUCAAAAGGUUGAGAGUGCAUCACUGCUCUGCUCGAACAUUCGAGAACAAUCUCGUGGAACACCACUCUUCUGUGACGCAUAUGACUCCCGCGCCAAAGCCUACUGCAAGCGUCUACGGGCUGUGUGUGAACAUGUGAAGGAGCCAAAGUACCCUGCCGAUGCAAUAUGUGGAUUCCCUCUGGUACAAGAUGUCUUCACUCCCACUGAACGCUUCUGCUGUACGCCAAGAUUAAAGUGUUCUCUCCACUUUGGUUGGGAAAGAAAGAAACGCGCCAAUAUUGAUAUGAAACGGUAUAGGCAGCUCCUUAAGAAUGAUGAGUUACUUCAUGAAGAAUCAAGAUUGAUUCGAUCACUAUCUCAACGUGCUGGUAUCCUUGGAAUGAUCCUCAAUCGCACUGUCGAUGAGGAAGCGAAACAAAAUGAAGAUUUGAAGUGA